AAAAGUUCAAAAAGUCUACUAUAUUACAAUUUUUGCUUAAUUUGGGCUUCUUUUUUUUUGUUAUUAUAGAAGAAAAGAAGUCAUGUCAAGUAACGGUGCCGUUUGCCCACGGGCUUUGAGGGGGCUUGCUUCUUGCUUUACCAUCAGUGCUGCUACUUUGAUGAUUACUGCACAUCAAAGUAAAUAUAUCAAUGGUUCUUUUCUCACUGUGGAAUUUAAUGAUUUGGCAGCAUAUUGGUGCUUUAUAUUUGCAAAUUUUGUUGUUUCUGCUUAUAGCCUUUUGCUCAUUUGUCUUCCAAGUAAAAGUCAAUUGUGGAGAUUUGCAGUUGCUUUGGAUUUCAUUUUGACAGUGAUUUUGAUAGCAAGUUGCUCAUCAGCAUUAACAAUUGGUAUGAUGGAAAGUGAAGGAAACCCUCAUGCAUUUUGGUUGCCAAUAUGUCACAUUUUUCCCUUUUAUUGCUUCAUAGUCUUCUUAGCUAUUGGACUUAGCUUUUUUGGCUCAUUCAUUUUCAUGAUAGUGCAAUUGAUUUGCAUCCAAGAAGCAUUUAAUAUCAUUCUCCUAGAAUAAUACCAUUAAGUUGGGGUAUUACAUUUCAUAAAUUUCUUGUUUUUCUUUUUAAUAUACUAGAUCAUAGACCCGUGUGUGUGACACGCUUAUAAUGGUAUUGAGUAGGAGAUGUUUUUUCAGGAGUAUGACGAGUCGUGCAAAACUUUGAGUAGGAGAUGUU